AUGCCUGACGCGGCGGCGGCAGAUGCGCCAGUGCCGGGCACAGCCACACCCGACGCGGCGGCGGCGGAUGUGCCAGUGCCGGGCGCAGCCACACCCGACGCGGCGGCGGCGGAGGCGCCAGUGCCGGGCGCAGCCACACCCGACGCGGUGACCCCCGAGGCCUCGGCUACGGCGACAGUCGCGCCGACACCAGACUUAGCGUCGGUGAGCGCAGCGGCGACGCGCGCGGCAACGGCAAGCACAACGGUUCCUGAGGUCCCGACGCCUGUACCAGACGUCCCCUCCCCCAGCGCUCAACCUGCGGCAGAGGAAGAGCUGGAGGAGGUCUUUGGCAGCCGGCUCCUGCAGGGUCCCCCAAAGGAGGAAGUGGCUCCCCUCCCCCAGGAGCUGGACAAGCUCUCUGAGACCCUGCAAGGGUGGCGCGAGCAGCUGCAGGAGGCCGCUAGCAAGCAAGCUGUUGCCGAGUUGGAGCUUGAGGAGGAUAGGAAGUCCCUCGCGAGGCGGGAAUCCCUUACUACCAACAUGGAGCUCCAGCUUGAGCGCCAGCGUGAGUCCAUCAAGAAGCUGAAGGAGUCGGCGGCGAAGAAGAAGGCCGAGUUCGAGGAGAGGACCCGCGAGCUGGACUGUGGGUUGAUAUUAACAAAAGUCAGGGGCUCUUAUGCAAAAACACCAGGCCGAAGGGGUACGCGCAGAUCUUGGCCGUUGGAUCAUGAUCCAGUGGUCAGAUCGAACCGGUACGCAGGAUCUAAUCCCGGGCGUCCAACGAAGAUCGGGCGGCUCUGGAUGGAUGAGGCGUGGGCGGCGGCGCGGGGCAACGCCGGCGACGUUUCCCGCGGCGGCGCUCGGCAAAACUCGCCGGAGUUCAGCGAUUUCGAGGCUUCAGGGGUUGGUUCGGGGUGGGGUUUGGCCUGGGAUGAUCACCGAGACAUGCGUGAUCCACCCAAGGCUUUUGCUGGGCGCGGGGAGGGCCGGAGCGGCGGUUUCGACGGUGGAGGCGGCUCGGCGGUCACCGAGUUCGUCGGAACUCGGUGCCUGGGCGCCUAG